AUGAUUAAAUAUAAAAGUAGAAGAGGAAUCCAAAUUUUAUUUGCUCUUAAACAUCUCAUUACUGCAAGUUUCUCUUAAGAUAUCUAUCUCAUAAUAAUAUCAGCUGUCAAUUUAAUAACUUUAAUCAUUUUGUUAAAGAAGAAUCUACAUUCGAUUUGGAAAUAUAUUAGAAUUUUACUUCUCUUAGAAUUAUGUUUCUUUGAUUAAUAAUUUGCACCACCAAUUAUUGCAUCUAUUAAUUUUAACAUCAAGUUUAAGAUCAUAAUACUGGUCUUUUAUUGUUGUCGAGUAAGUUUUAUUUAUUUCAAAGUUUUCCAAAUAAUAGAUUGGGUUUAUUUAGGAAUUCUAUUUGUAUCAUUUAUAUUCUAUAUCUAUUCCCAUGUAUCAAAUUAUUUAUUUUUAGGAUAGUAAAUAACUAAACAGUAAGAAUUAGAUAACAUCAGAAAGGAAAUUAUCAUAUCUUAAUAUAAACUCAUAGUCAGAUUAAUAGGAUGUAUUUGAUCUAUUUAAUUUUUUACCAUUUGGAAUUUGCAUUUUAGAUGAUAAAUAAAACAUAACAAAUUCUAAUUAUAAAGCAAAAAAAUAUUGUUCAAAUAUCAAAGAAGAAAGUUUUUAGUCUUAAUUAUUUAUGAUGAUUUAGAAGUAAAAUUUAUCUUAAUUUUUAGGGCUUGUUUAUAAUAAUUGGAUAAGAAAUCUAUUUUUAAUUCUUCAGAAGAUUAGGUAUCUGAAUUUUAAAUGAAAAGAUUAUAAUCUUUCAGUUAAACCAGAAAAAAAGCACUCUCAUAAUAGAGAUAAUUUAGUAAUUUUAUUGAUAUAUCAUAAAUAAUAAAUAAACAUAAAACUUAUAGAGGAGUAUCUGAUAGUUUUAAUUAAAAUGCUCUUAAAUAUAGAGAUCCUAUUACAACAAAGACAUAUGAAAUAAAAAUAUAUGAAAUAUCUUCAGGUAGUAUGAUUUGUAUUCAAAAUAUAUCAAAAAAAGAAAGAUAAUUUGAAAUAAGAGAAAGAUUUAGAUUUUAAUCAAUGCUUAUUAAUUCUUUUUCUCAUGAAUUAAAAACUCCUUUAAAUUGUUCAUUAGCACUUUUAUAAAUAUUAGAAUAAGAAUUAAAAUCUGAAAAAUUAUAAUAACAUAAAUAAAUUGAAUAAGCAUAUUUAAAACCUGCAAUAAUUUCAAAUAGAAAAUUAUUACAUUAAAUAAAUGAUAUUCUUGAUUAUGCUAAUUUUGAAGCAUCUACAUUUUAAUUAAGACCUUCUUAAUUUAAAAUAUCAACAUUAAUUUAAACAAUAGAUUAUUAUUUUCAAGAUGAAUGUAAAUAAAAAUAAAUUAAUUUUGUUGUUUAAACUUGUGAUGAUAGUACAAUAAAUAAUGAUUAUGAUAGAAUAGUUUAAAUUUUAGUAAACUUAUUAAAUAAUUCAGUAAAAUUUACUAAAUAAAAUGGAUUAAUAUAAUUCAAUAUUAAUAGAAUGGGAUCAAUUUAUUCAUUUGAAGUGUUUGAUACUGGUUGUGGAAUUUCUGUUGAAAAACUCUAUUUAAUAAAUAAAAUCUUACAAAAUUAAGAAACUGAUAUCUUAAAAAGAGGAGAUGAAGAUUAUAUAUAAUAUGUUGGACUUGGAUUAAAGGUUUCAAGUUAAAUUGCAUUGAAAUUAUGUCAUAAAGGUGAACUCAUUAUUACAAGUUCAUUAAAUUAAUUUACAAAAGGACGUUUUUAUGUAUAAGAUUUAAAUACUUAAGAAGAGAUACUUACAAUACCAACUGAUGAAUAUAUAUAGAUACCAUAUUAAAGUAAAACCAAAAAAUAAUGUCAUUGCAGCCAUGUUUUGAUUGUAGAUGAUAUCCCUUUUAAUCAUUUAGCAUUCAUUACAGUGUUAAAAUAUUUUAAUAUAAAAUGUGAUAGCGCUUAUGAUGGAAUUAUGGCUAUUGAAAUGGUUAAAAAGAAGUAUGAUUCUUGUUAAUGUGGAUAUAAAUUAAUUUUCAUGGAUAUAGAUAUGCCUGGUAUUGAUGGUUAUUAAUGCAGCAAAGAAAUUUAAUAGUUUUUAUAAUAGAAGAACAUUGUUUCAUUCAUUAUUAUGUGUAGUGCUUUCGAUAGCAAAGAAAAUAUUGACAUAGCUUAUAAAUCAGGAAUGAAUGAUAUAUUACCUAAACCAAUAGAUACACAACAACUUAAAAAAAUACUCAGCAAAUAUUAUUUUUGA